AUGUCCAACAACCAGGAACCCGUCGGCUACCGUGCCUUCGACGUCACCAAAACCUCACACAAGAAAUCAUAUCCUGCCAUCUCUCCCUCCAAGCCAUCCCUGUCCCAAGCCGGCAAGACUGUUCUCAUCACCGGCGGUAGCGGCGGCAUCGGCUUCGCGAUUGCUCGUGCAUUCGGCGAAGCUGGUGCAGAGAAGGUCAUAAUCGUGGGUAGAGAGGAGGCCAAGGUUGGCUCGGCGGCAGAGAAGCUCAAGGAGCAGAACCAAGGUUCGGCUACCGUCUUCGAGGGCAGGGCCUGCCAGCUUGCCGACUCUGAGAGCAUCGAUAAGCUCUGGGACAGUCUCGAGGCAGAGGGAAUAAAGAUCGAUGUAAUUGUGUUGAACGCCGCAAUGACUGGUCAGUUCGGUCCCAUCGAGAGACUUGGUUGGAAGAAAGUGUGGAAGGAAUUCGAGGUCAACGUUCGAUCGUACCAUCAAUUCUGUGAGCGACUGCACCAGAAUGCCAAGAAUCAGGGAGGCAAGAGGUUCAUCGUCAACGUUUCAACCUCGGCCAUCCACGAUUUUCCGGCGGCGUCAUACGCACCAAGCUACUCCCUUACCAAGAACUCGGCUACUCUCCUGCUUCAGCAGAUCGCUAGAGAAUGGAAGGCGUCAGAUAUUCAGAUCGUGAGCUUCCAUCCUGGCGCACUCCUCACCCCAGGGGCCAUGUCCUUGGGACUCGACGAGGCCUCCCUACCAUGGGAUGACAUCAGUCUUCCUGCGUCUGUUGCAGUGUGGGCUGCUUCCGACGAGGCCGCCUUCUUGCAUGGCCGCUUCAUCUGGGCCCGCUGGGAUGUCGAGGAACUCGCUUCGGGCGAGAUUAGAGAACGGCUCGAAAGUGAUGAGAAGUUUCUGAGGAUUGGGGUCCAUGGCCUUGAAGAACCCAAGGAAAUAGUGUAA